ACCGGGAUGGCUUGCUAAUUGAUCCUCUGAAGUGUCAGGAAGCUCGUGCUGGCAAGCAUUGAUGACCCCUACACACUGGACCAAUUGACCAGCCCAAGGGUCAACAUGCUCAUCGUCCGUCCUCUAGUAGACCGGCUCUAUGAUCCCAAUGACAGCUCGACAGUGUACUGUCUUUUGGCCAACCGUGUACAGUUCCUCCGCGAGCAGUCCGCUGUCGUGCACCAGACAGUCAAUAUCGCGAGGGCGACGUUGUGCGAGUUGGUAGCCACGCGUAUCCUGCGAAAGUUCCACGAAGACAAUCCCGGUUCUUUGGGUUUGCUUCUCCUAGCCAACAUCCUGGUCGAGGGCUUCGAUCCAUUCUCAGGCGCAUCGAGGGCCGUGGAACGGUCCGCACGCUCCCAGCAAUGGCCAGUUCAGGAGCGCGGCGGAUAUGAGAGAAAGCUCACGGCUCUCGAGCUGGCGAUUCUCUCCGAGAGCAAGACCUUUAUCAGCUCGCAGGCGUGUCAACGAGUCGUCAACGCUGUGUACGAGGGACAAGUUUUCUAUACCCCCUUGUCAUUCGUCGAUAUAUUGCCGGAUCACUACAGACACCACCCGGUCUCCCUCUACGACCCCCGCAAAGCGCCUCUAUUUAACCAUUAUCGCCUCAUCGUACCUCGCUAUCGGAACACCAUCGAGAUACUCCAGUUCUUGGUCCUGGUGCUCUUGUACGUUCUGGCCAUGGUCCAUCGCAACAGCGCCUCCACCAUCGGUCUCUACGAGGCCCUCUUCGUCAUCUACACAUCAGGCUGGGUUCUCGAUGAAAUUGCUGCCAUCAUCGAGCACGGUUGGGAGGUCCAUGCACAGAACCUCUGGUCCUUCUUGGACGCAACGUUUACGCUCAUCUUCGGCUUCUAUGUCCUCGCCCGAGUCUACGAUGUCUCGGCCGGCCACGUACAUGACGGGACCGGACUUCAUGUGCUAUGCAUUGCCGCACCGGUAUUGCUCACUCGUGUCGCGUUCAACCUGUUGCCCGACAACAUCGUCUUCAUCUCGCUCCAUGCCAUGAUGAAGGACUUCCUGGUACUGACGUUCCUAGCCGUCUGGUGCUUCACUGGCUUCCUCCUGGCGCUACAGUGGUUACCAACGAGCGACAGUGCCACUGCUAGUUCCAGUCCGAGAUGGUAUACAGUGAUAAAAUGGCUUCUUUGGAUCUGGUUUGGACUGGACGGGACGGGAAUCGAGGAGUCGGUCCAGUUCCAUGUCAUUCUGGGCCCGGCUCUCAUGGUCGCCUUUGCAUUCCUGGGCAACACCUUAUUCCUAACGAUCCUGGUGGCGCUACUCACCAACACAUUCUCCAGGAUCGCUGCCGCCGAGACCGCCGAAAUCCAAUUUCGACGCGCCGUGCUGACAUUCGAGGGCGUCAAGAGCGAUGCCAUUUUUGCGUAUCCCCCGCCUUUCAACAUCCUGGCUCUCGUCGUCCUCCUCCCGCUCAAGUUCCUCAUUUCGGCGCGGGCCUUUCACGACACACAUGUCGCGAUAGUCCAGGUACUGAACGCGCCCACCUUGUUGCUCAUCGGCCUCUACGAGCGCCGCCAUCGCAUUUGGGCCCAGACGGCAUCAGGAGGAGGAUCAAAGCCGUUCUUGAAGUGGCAAUUUACCGGUUUCUCUCCCCAUGGCGAUAUACAGGCUGUCUUUGAGGCGGAGGCACCACCGGGUGUCCAGGAGGAAGCCGAUGAGCUUGAUGGGCUGAGUGAGAUGGGGUUCCCAGACAACAACGACGGAAUUUCGAGGUCGUCGAGGGAGAUCAAGCGUCCAGUAACAUUUAGAGCGCGCGGCACCGAGGCCCGACCUGUCUGAUAGGUCGAAACUGUUGUUGCCUGCAUGUGCAGUACGAGCGAUAAGAAAAAUCCCUCAUAUUUGCCUCCGGUUUCACCUGGAAGCAGCCGAGCCCAGAUGUGACGGAAUGGGGGGAACAGCAAGAAUGGAAACUACCCAACCCCGCAUCGAAGUAUCCAAUAUCUGGUGAUACGGUAGCUCCACGCCUUACGAGGCACUGUCGGGACAUUCAAGUAACAACCUACCUGCCCGGGGUGCAGACGGCCCCACUACCCCACAGCGGCAAGGCCCGUUUUCGACGGGGUUCCCCCUGCGCUCCUCAGAUGGAACAACGUUGCGUAGAGGCCUCCCUCGCCGUGCCAACCCUAAAGAUAAGAAUACGAGAUAAUUAGAUCAUCUAACAUCAAAUGGUCGCGGUGGUGGAAC